GGGUUUGCGCAGCGGCGAGCAUGGCAAAAUAUGCGCUCUGGAAUGCAAGAAUUUCCAACUCUUCGGAUGAUAGUGGUUUCCGACCCAAUUGUGUCGGCGAACGCUGGACGAAAGACUGAGAAAAGCUUGUAAUAGCCCCAAUUUUAGUGUCUUAAUGUGAACGUGACGAGCAUUCAACAUGAUUUUUGAUGGGAUACGAUUUUUUGCUGGAAUUUUUGUAGUUUGCUGCUUGUUUAGAGACUGUAUUUGCCUUAAAGAAGUUAAAAUAGAUGUUCCUCAAGCAGUACUUAAAGGCCAUGAAGUGAUCUUGCAAUGCUUAUUCGACUUGGAAGGCGAUAAGUUGUAUUCUCUCAAAUGGUACCAUAAUUCUUCGGAGUUUUAUAGAUAUACUCUAACUGGUGAACAUCAUGCAAAGCCCUUCAAGCUGAAAGGUUUUCACGUAGUACCUGAACGUUCCAACGCUACAAGAGUGGUCUUAAAACAUGCCACUAGAGCCAUCAACGGAGGCUAUAGUUGUGAGGUUACUGCAGAUCAACCCAGCUUCUUCACUGAUAUGAAAACUGCAGAUUUAGAAGUUGUAGAUCCUCCUGUAUCAGAUCCGUUGAUCACUGGAACCAAAUCUAGAUACAAACUAGGAGAUUAUGUCAAAGCAACUUGUUCCUCAGAAAAAUCGGAUCCAGCUGUUAAUAUAACGUGGUACGUGAACGGAAGGCCCAUGGACGGACCCCAUGUAAGAAAAUAUAGAAAGACAAUCGAAGGUAAUUACAUAAGUUCCUAUUCGACAGUACAAUUCAGAGUAUCUGAACAACUUCUCGAUGAAGACAAGCUCAAGCUUCGUUGCUCAGCUAACAUAUACAACGUCUGGCAUAGAAGCCACGAAAAGUCCAUCGAACUGAAAAGGAGUAAGCAUGACGAGGAUGAAUUUGCUCCAGCAUAUGUGCCUACGAUUACCAGCACUGAGUUUGCGCACGAGAAGUUUUGGCUGUACAUCGCAAGAGAUAAUCCAGAGGCUACAGAAUGGUCUUCACCAAACAACAAUAGUUCAACAAGUACGACUAGACUGAAUCACGCAAUAAUUUUUGUUACUGUUGUCGUUUAUAUGAGGUGAUGUUUUUAAAUUAACCUAAUAUGUUUGUUCGUCAUGUUUUUAGUAUGCACCAUUCGUUCGAAGGUGACAAAUUAAUGUUUUCUUACUCUGUAAACCUUGUUUAUUUUUAAAAAAGCGGUGACGUCAUAAUUUGAAGAAUAUAUUUGGCCGGUUUUUAGGGUUUUAUGUACAGAUGGAUAGCGCUAAUCGAAAGGGAACCAACCGCCAAAAGUUGAUUUUGAGUAAUUAAGGUUACAAAAAUAAAAAAAUGUUUUUCCUUGUAAUUUUCAAGAUAAAGACUUUUUAAGGUAUGAUAUCGCGUUCGAAAGCUAAUAUUAGCCACUCUUGAAUUUUUUUUCAUAAGUUAACUUUUUUUGUUUUUUGACAGUAUUUUGGUGGUUAGUUCUUUUUCAAUUAUUUCAGAAUAACUGUUUACUAGUGUAAAUAUAACCAUGAGACUCAUAUGGUUCUGUUUAGAGAUUAAGAACAUCUAGGAUGGUUCUUUCUAGAAAUUUUACUUUACCAUAAUAAUAUUAGAAAAAAGAAAAUAGUUAUUAAAAAAAUGUAAAUACUUUUUAAUCAAGAAACCUUUAAACUGUAGAAGAAUAGAAAUUAAAAUUUAUAUUUAUUUAGUUUUAAGUCAAUAAAAAACUCGAAAAUUUCAACCAAACAAACUUAUAAAACUAAAACUCAUAGUAUAGGUAUGAUUUUACCUAAAAAUAUAUAUCUUUGGUUAUUUUUUUAUUCUUAAUUUAAGUAAUAGUAGAUAAUCUUAAAACUCAUAGAAUCAAAAAUUUUUAACAAACCAAAAAACUCUCUAACACUCUAACACUGAUCAUACUCAAGUGUAGGAACGUAACUUUUCUUAAUCUCCCUUUUACAAAAAAAUAUCUUCGUUAAUUUUUUUAUUCUUAAGAUGAGUACCUAAUAAAAAAUCUUAAAAAACUCAUAAAAUCAAAAAUUCUAAACUAGCAACAAAUAUUUUAAAAUUAACAUUCAAGUACAGGAACGAAAGUUUUGCUAAAAUAUGUCUUUCAUUAAAUUUAUUCUGCGUUCAAAUCAAAGUCAGGUAAGGAACCAAAUCCUUCACAUCCUCAAAAUCCUCUACGUUUUUAGUUUUGUAAACUAAAAAGAAACUGGAAUAAAGACUUAAUGUCCACAAUAAUAUAAAAGGAACCAACCGCCUUGCAUGUCGUUUGGUUUUUUUAUGGCCUUUGGGAACUGCGCCCAUUUAGCCAGUUGGUUUUAUUUUAUGUCGUUUUUAUUUUAUUUUAUCCCUUUUAUGUCGUUUGGUUGAAAUAUUUUCAAUCAUAUAAAAGAAACCAACCGCCUUGCAUGUUGUUUGGUUACAAUAUUUGCAAUAUUAUAAAAGGAAUCAACUGCCUUAUAGGUCGUUUGGUUGCAUUUGUUGCAGAAAUAUAAAAGAAAUCACUGCCUGAGUCUUUUUAUAUUAAAGAAAACUUUUAAAACUUAAAGAAAUAUUUUUCGAUUGUCGUUUGGACCUUUUUCUACAGAUGUCGCUAGAAGCUCCGUAGACGUACGGAUUUUUUUACACAUAUAAAGUGAAUAUCUGGCUGUCGUUUGGUGCGAUUAAGUCAUUUGUUGUUCAAAUGUCGCUUGGUUCCUUUUCGAUUAGCGCUAUCCAGAUAACGUCAGCAAUGGCAAAGUUUUCAUAAAUGGAAGAAAAACAACUUAAUAAUACGACGCAAUACUAAUCGCACAAAGAAAAUUUAAUAUACCUAAUAAUUUCCUCAAAAAAUCAAAUGCAUGAUUAUAACAUUACUUUUGAAAGAAAGCUAAGAAUAUUAGGACCCAUUUUGCGACAAUAGUACCUAUACUCGUAUGGGGAAUAAGGUUCAAUCACGAGUUAUAUCAAUGUUACAAAGAACCCUCCAUAGCAAAUCGUUGCGUCAGAAUAACAAAAUUUGCAAUUUUUGUCUAAACUGAGAUUUUUAUGUAACUUGGUUUUAUUUUAUGUUCUUCACCUUAAUAUGAUACUAGCACCAACAUCUAUUAACAGGUGGCUGAAAUACGUAAGUUACAAGAUUAUAUCUGAGAGAAUUUUAAAUGUUGAUAAGUUAACAAGGUUCUAUCUGACAUAAAAAACAGUCAACUAAGUACACAAGGUUCUAUCUGCAAGAACUAAAAGUGUUUAUAAGUUAACAAUAAGACUUUAUCAAAUAACUUCAAGUUGUUUUAUUAUAUAAUAAUUGUUACAAGUGUAUGUGUGGAAGAUAAACCUUUAUAAAUAAGUUUAAAUCAUUUCUCAAAUCAGAACUCCUUUGUAUUAACUAUUGAAAUAACCUUUUACGGUACAGUGGAACCUCGAUAAGUCGGAUUAAUCGGGACCACGGCCGAUCCGGGUUAUCGAAAAUCCGGGUUAGCCGGAGAAUAUGGUAAAAAUUAAUAAAAUACAUAUAAAUACUAAACAAAUACACAUUAUAAUUGCAAAAAUAUGAAAUACAUAUGCACAGUACAUCUUCUAAGUAUAGUUGUAUACAGUAAUAUUUAUUUCUUGGUUAAAAGUCAGCCAAAGUGAAAAAAAUGUUUGUUUUGUCUGAUGAAAAUCGGUCCGGGUUAGCCGGACUUCCGGGUUAUCGGAGGCCGACUUGUCGGGGUUCCACUGUAUAUUAAUUUUUUUUUGAAUUUACAUGGUCAACACAUGCAGGUGGCGAUAAUAGUACAAUAAAUACAUAACAUAGAAACUUUAAACAGUCAUAACUAAAAAUGGCACCUGAUAGGCAGAUAGAACUUUGUUAUUCCACUGCAACGAAAUUAUGCAAAAAAAGAUUGCGCUGGGCAGGUCACCUUAUAAGAAUGGAUAACGACAGAACACGAACGCUUAGCAGAACUAUGGUGGGACGUCGGCCAGUAGUAAGAUCAAGGAAGAAUUAGAUAGACGAAGUGAGAACCGAUGCUAAAGAUAUAUAUUGAGGGUAGAUAACUGGAGGCCAUUGGCCAGGGACAGAGAUACUUAAACGCGGAUGCUGGAAGAGGCCAGGGUCCGACUUGUGCUGUAGCGUCGUAGAAGAGAGAGAAAGAGAGAUAAUGAUUAUAGCAGCAAAUCUGCUAAGACGUAAAUUGGAAUUAGAAGAUCAGAUAAUAAAGUAAGUAUGUGAUGGAGUUUAAAUAUCUAGGCAUCAUGCUAUCUAACUACGGAAAGAUCGAAACAGUAAUGGAAACUGAAAUUAAUAAAGAAGAAAGAGCCGCACGAUGCAUUAAUGUAAUGAUAAGUGGAAAUAAAAAUAUUGGGAACAAAAUGAAAAGCAGAAUUUACAAAACAGGCAUCAGAUUAAUAAUGAUAUACGCGGCAGAAACGCAACCUGAGAUAGAGGGGACAAAAAUAAAGCUAGAAACAACAGAGAUGAAAUCCCCUAGAAAAAUCGAUGGUAAGAGACUAUGUGACAGAUCUAGAAAUAGAUAUACGAUGAAGAUGCAAGGUGGAGAACAUUAAAAACUGUGUAAGAAACAAAAGACUAGAAUGGAACGACCACAUAGACCGAAUGACAAUAGAGUAGUAAAGGCGGUGAGAGACGGUUCCGCCAUAGGAAGUCAUUGGAUCAUAUCAAUGGUCGUGAACAGUUUUGAUGACAUGAUAUCGUCCCUGCCAUUUCCAACUAUCGAAUGUGAAAAGUUGUACUUUUCAGGAGAGCAAAAUAACUCUUUUUUAGAGACUCCUAAAUCAGCGCAUCGACAAUUGGAAAAAUUUUUAUAUUUGUUGUAUGUAAUGUUUAAUCCUUGUUAGAUUGAUAACCAAUUUGAACUGCUCAUAAUUUUUUUUCCAAAAAAUCACAUUCGUUACUCUGCUUUUUGUAUAAAUCAAAGAUUUGUUUCAGUCCGAUGUUUCAAAGUAGCGAAUGUAUAAUAGCGAAUAACUGUAUAAUCGGUGAGCGGCCGUGGGUAACGGCAUAAACGCUGGCCUCAUACGCCAGUAGACGUGGGUUCGAUCCCUGCCAAAGACAAACCAUUUUCAUUUCCAAUAAUGACACGAGCCGUCUCACCGUGCCUCGGAGAGUACGUUAAGCCGUCGGUCCCCCUGGGCUAGUGUACAUCGACACUAGUUACUUGAAACAGGGUUAAAGAUGUAAUUGGCGCUGGAACUAUCCGAAAGGAUCUCCCCGGCAAAAAUGCCAUACGAUAUUAUUUAUUACUGUAUAAUCAAAUAAUAAAAAUCCGUUAAAAUGAAAUCAUAAACUGCCUCACAAGAAUUUCUUGGAAGUGAAAAUGAAACAAAAUUCGCACAAAUUGUAAACACGUGCAUUUUGUUCUUCUCAGUAGUUUAGCAUUUUCGACAGUUUACAGAUUAUAAUUUUGAAUAACUCUUAUAAAUUACAACACAAACUAACGAAUGUGACACAUUCGACAUUUAGCGUUGUACAAAUAUACCUUUAGUUAUAUUUAUACAAAACAAAAGUAUCGAAUAUACCAUUUUCGUCAGUUUGCACUCAACCAAAUGGAAAAAUUUUCAUAUUCGAUGGUUUAAACAGCAUAUUUCCCGCGCUCCUAAUCAAGCUACAAUAACGAGAAUUUGCCACAAGAUGUAUCACGUACAAUGCGAGGACAAGGUAUCGAAAAUGAAAAACCCGAUUUGAUUUUUCACAUUCGAUAGUUGGAAAAUGGUAUGGACGAUAUGAUCUUGCCCGAUACUUCUUUUAUUUCUUAUUGGCUGUGUGGAUCCCUAUAGUCUUAUGCUUAGUAACAUUUUUGAAGAUAUUGUAAAUGAAUAUAGGAAGUAUUUGUAACCGAUUCUACAGUCAUUCAAUGUUUUAAGUUCCAAAGUGUCAAAUGCCACCCGGAAAUCUAUGAUCAUUAGUACAGACGCCUUAGUGUAUUCCAGAGUUUUCUCAGGCCUAGUGUAUUCCAGACUUAUGACUUUUAGACCUCAUAGGUCUUCAGUCCAUUUUAAGUGGUUUAAGUUUAUUUUCAAUAAAAAGUUAAGAUUUCCAUCAUUAACAUAAAUAAUCUAGCUAGACCAUGUCACCGAUUGUUUAUAAUAAAUAAGGUAAUAAAUAAAAGUUUUUUAAUGUUUUGAAUUUCGUAUUUAAAAUCGUUGUUAAAGGACACUGUUAUUUUCAGCACAAAUAAGAUUGCUUUGUCUAUUUUUAUAGCAUAAAGUGUUUUACCGGAAAAAUAUUACGAGAAGCUCUUUGCAGCUGCUAAAAAAUAUUCAGAUAAACAAAAAACAGGUAAAAUGGAAACAAAACCAUGAAAGUUAGUAAAUCUAGGGGUCUAGUUGUAGAAAAAUGCUAAAAAUAGGGAAAAGAAUUUAAAUACAUGUGCCUUAGAUUUAUAUAUA